ACAAUACCGAAGCGUCCGAAAGCCUCCCCGACCCGCGAAAUGCCCUCGGUUGCGGACGCCAGUGGAGAAGCCGGCCGUGCCCCAUCACUCAACUUACGCUCUCUUCAUACGAACGAGAAGGCUGCAGCAAAACCUGCCAGCGAGCGCAAUCUCGGAGGUCCUGGGUCGCACUUGCCAGUGUGAACAUCGAUUGCCUUGAGUCACUCUUUAAGCGCUGCCACCGCCGUAUCUGUAUACGGGACCAAAGAUGCCCAGUAAAGUGGAAGCGGAAAGCACCGAGAACACAUUUGGAAAGGACACUCAUUGGAAUCCUGCCAUACGGUUCCAUUAUUCAUACGAGGCUCACUUGAGACAAGGGAAUCAGCUCUGUGUCGUCAAGGACAGGCACCUGGGUCUGAGUUACGGCGUGGCGUCUACGGCCUCGAGUACGCCGACCACAGCGGCAGCUGUCCCAUCGUUCUCAGCGGCGCCUAUGCCCGGACGCGCCUCGCGAAGGCCUUGGUCCGUUUCUUCGAGAGCAGACCGAACGUCGACAACAUGACCGACUGCUUUGACAUACGCCCGGAAGCAGAAAAGAGUGUUCGCAGUUAGCGCAAACGUGCAAACAUCGUGUGGAUGAAUCCCUCCGGAGCAACUUACUUUGGGUUUGCGUGGUUUUUGAUUAACCCUAUCUGUUUUUAAGAAACAACGCUGCAUAUCGGAAUUAUAUCGACGUCCGCACAACUCGUGAGACGUGCGAAUGCCUGCGCUUUUAUUAGAUUUCGAAUGUAUGAAGAGGAUAUUUUCAUUAUGGGUGAUUGCACAGCAUUUGAGAAUUGAGUUAGGAUGUCCACCGAGUUCGUGGAACGUCUGAAGGCUACUGCUGUUUCCCGAGUGCCGUAGUAUGAGAGGUUCAAAAUAAAGUUUGAUUUC